ACAUCAGCAUCUGGUUAAACCAAGCAGUGAAGGGGGUGAGGGACCGCCAGGGCAACAGUGUCCAGAACGCCCAUCUCCUCACUCUCUUCCACCGCGUCUGUAAGCUGCUCUUCUUCCGCAUCAGACCGGUCUUUGUGUUCGACGGAGAUGCUCCUCUGCUGAAAAAACAGACCCUGGCUCUGAGGAGGCAGAGGAAGGAGGAGCUGACCCGCGAGUCCAAACAAACCAACGAGAAACUCCUCAAGACCUUCCUGAAGAGACAAGCCAUCAAAGCUGCCCUUGGAGAUCAAAGCAAGGACCCUCUGCCCAGCAUCUCAGGCGUCAGGAGGAACGAGGUGGACGACAUGUACAUUCUGCCCGCCCUUCCACCUGCAGAGGAGAAGGAGAGAAGCAGCUCAGAGGAAGAAGAGGAGAAAGAAGGAAACGAGUUGAGUGACAGUUAUCACAUGUAUCAGGAAGAACUGUACGAAGACCCAAACUCUGUGGACAUCAACUCCGAGGAGUUCUCCAGCCUGCCCGCCGAGAUGAAACACGAGAUCCUGAAAGAAAUGAAGGACUUCUGUAAAAGACGCAGGACCAUGAUUCACAAACCUCCAGAGCGCUCAGGAGAGUUUUCUCAGUACCAGCUGGCCGGCCUGCUGCAGAGGAACCGGCUGAACCAGCGCCUGGAGGGGGUGGAGCGAGAGAUGAGCCACCGCAGCGCCGCCGGCGCGCCACAGCUCGGCCAGGAGGACGGAGACCAGCGGAGUCACAGCGUGGAGUCAAACCGACUGGUUUCAGAAGACCACUCGCAUUACAUUCUCAUUAAAGGCUCCAAAAAGUCUGAAGCUGCCUCAGAGAGCCAGCCUGCAGCCUCGCCCUGGGCCGGGAGCUCCCUGUCCGGCUGCAGGAGAGCGGCAGACAAACCCAAACCUUUGUGGCGACCUGUCGCUGAGGAAGAGGAGGAGGUACAGGCCUCUUCGUCAAAGGAGACCUCUGAGUCAAAACCACUUCAGGAAGACGCCUGUCCAGCUUCACCUCGGACUCUGGAGGCCAUCCAGGCUGCCCUGAACGAUUGCUCCGAUGAUGAUGAUGAAGAGGAGGAUGGACGGGUAUCUCCUCGUACGCUCCUGGCAAUCCAGCAAGCUUUAACCGAGGAAGAGGACGGGACAAGCAUCUCACCUGCCAAACCGAGGACAAGUCCUCCUCGUCCCGUGGUCAUUGGCAGCUCAGACGAGGAGAGCCGGCCUGUCCCUGAAGAAUCGUCAGAUUUUCCAACGAAUGCCGCCCAGAGCGUCCACAUGGAGGACAGCCUGCUCGACAGCAGCUCUGAGGAGGAGCUGGAGGAAGUGGUCGAACAGAGAAACAAAGCCUUUCGAUUGGCUGCGCUGCCACGAGCYGAGGAGGAGGAGGAGGAGCGGACGAGAGAGGCGGAGGAACGGGAGGAGCUGAAGGAGAAAGCGUCCAAUCAGAACUCACCGAAUGUUAGUCCCUCCUCUCGGACAAGUUGGAACCCAGGCGGCACAGAAACAAACGCUCCUCCUGGAAACCCGGAGGAGAAGAGUGCCGAAGAGACGAACGGAGACAAGGUGAAAAUGGACAGCGGGUCUGAAGAGAGUUUCAUCGAGGUGCCAGAAGAGGAAGUCGAAGAGGAGGACGCAGCUGAUUCAGACGCUGUUGGAGACAAAAGAUCUUCAGAAGAAGCCGAUAAAGACGUGACGAUUACAGACGACGAGUCGGGUGGAAGUUUAACCGAGGUUCUCCAGGGUCCAACUACUGCURGGAGUUCAGAGGAGGAAAAAGAGGAGGAAUCAGAGACUCAAAAUCAAGAGAACGAGCUGAAAGAGGGAACAGAGGCAGACUCUAAAACAACAGGAACCAGUGAGUGGGACCACAUCGACGUGGGUGAACUGGAGGCUCUGGAGAGCUCGUUAGGGUUGGAGCAGGACAGCCUGACGGAGCAGAAACAGCAGCAGGAACGAAUGGCGAACACCGUCACCGGACAGAUGUACCUGGAAAGUCAGGAGCUGCUGCGGCUGUUCGGCGUGCCGUUCCUGGUGGCGCCAAUGGAGGCCGAAGCUCAGUGCGCGGCGCUGGACCGCGCCGACCAGACGCACGGGACCAUCACGGACGACUCGGACGUGUGGCUGUUCGGAGGAAGACACGUGUUCAAGAACUUCUUCAGCCAGAACAAAUACGUGGAGCACUACCAGUUCAGUGACCUGCAGAGCCAGCUGGGUCUGGACAGAACUAAAUUAAUAAAUCUGGCCUACCUGCUCGGCAGCGAUUACACUGAAGGUGUACCGGGAGUCGGAUAUGUGACGGGCAUGGAGAUCCUGAACGAGUUUCCAGGUCCAGCUUUGGAGCCACUAAUACAGUUCAGUCAGUGGUGGUCAGAGGCUCAGGAGAACAAACGGCUGGUGGCUGAUCCCCGAGACACCAAGGUGAAGAAGAAACUCCGGGAUCUGAAGGUCCAACCUGGCUUCCCGAACCCGGCCGUGGCCCAGGCGUACCUGGAACCUGUUGUGGAUCAGUCAGACGCCUCGUUCAGCUGGGGACUCCCCCAACUGGACAUGAUGAAAGAGUUCUGCCUGAGUCGAUUCGGUUGGAGCAGCCGAAAGACGGAGGAGAUCCUUCAACCUGUGAUCAAACAGCUGAACAGCCAGCAGACUCAGCUGAGAAUAGACUCCUUCUUCCGCCUGGAGCAGCAGGAGAAGCAAUCGAUUCGCAGCCAGCGACUCCGCCGAGCCGUCACCUGCUUAAAGAGGAAGGAGAGAGGAGGAGGAGGAGGAGAGGACGAAGGCAGCGAGGAGGAAAUCAAGUCUAAGAAAACAAGCGUGAAGACCACAGAGAGGCAGAAAGAAGAUGUCAGAUCCGCGGCAGGCGGGGGGUUUCUAGGUUCUGAGCUCACAGAUGAACCUCCUCUUCUGCCACUGAAGGACAUCUGCGGUUCUGGUCCGGAUUCUGGCGGUCGGUCCAUCAAGACUCGGCCUGAGAAGACCAGGAGCAGCAGCAGCAGCUCCAGUGAUGAUGAUGAUGAUAAGAAAGCUGCCAUGGUUACGGCCCGAUCCGUUUUCGAGGGCAGCAAACGAGGUCGUGGAGGAAAACGACCGAGAGGAAAAGGAAAGAAGCAUUAAAGAUAAAAGAUGUGAAUUUAUUAUCAAAUGUGAAACUUUUUCUUAAAUAUCUGUGAUGUUUUGAUAUUUACGGAAAUAAUUCAUCAACUCAGCUUUUUAUAAAAUAUAGAUCAUGAAGUUUUGUAAACACUGAUACCACAAAAUAAACUUUUUUAUGUUUGGA